AUGCCUGAUAGUAAUCGAAUGAAAGAAGAUCAAGAACAAGAAAUGAUUUUACAAUUAAAUAAACAAGUGAUUGUUACAUUACUUGAUUCAGCACGCAAUCUUGCACGACAAGGAUUAGCAUUUCGACGAAAUCCAGAAAGUAAUUUUGUUCAGCUAGUUUAUCGACAACGUCGAAAUAAUCAAGUAUUUAAGGAUUGGUUUUUCAAAACGAAAUUAGAGAAAUAUCCGAAUUCGUAUCUCAGUCAUCAGUCACAGAACGAAUACAUCCAAUUAUUAGGUGAAGCAGUUGAAAGUUUAGUUAUUGACGAAAUUAAUAAAUCACCAUUCAUAUCAAUUGUGGCUGAUAGUAUUCCAGAUACUUCGCAUCGUGAAAUGUACUCAAUCGUUAUUAGAUUCACAAAAACCUAUCAAGUUGAAGAACGUCUAUUAUCUGUACAAGAAUUACCAAGUAAAGUUGGCGAAGACAAAUGUUUGUUAUUACUGAAAACAUUAAAACGAAAAGAAAUAUCUACAGAAAAACUAGUGGCACAAUGCUAUGAUAAUGCUCCAAUCAUGAGAGAUAUUUAUAAAGGUUUAUAA